AUGGCCUCAAUUCCCGCCAACCGACCAUAUACCUCGCGAUUAGCGCCGGAAAGUGCCGCCGCCGCCGCAUCACCACAAAAACAAACCUUGUAUUCCUCGUCAUCCUCCAACAUAGUCGUCUCCGAUUCGCCCUCACACUACUCGUCCUUCUCCAGCUCCGAUAGCGAUGGGCCGACGCCCCACUCGAUCGAAGUCACAGACGAAGACGCCGCCGGCGAUGUGGUGGGGGUGAGCAUUGGGCGCGAACAGAGCCGCAUGAAGGCCCGCGCGACACCACUGGAAGAGAAGAACCGUGUGCUGGAACACCAAGACGGUUAUUUCGCGACAAUCCCAGAUACCGCGGACGAGGGCGGGUUAUUUGUGUCGGAGCUCACGACCGAGCCCGACUCCGUCGAUCCAAAGGCCAAGGAGCCGCGCGAGGGCACAUAUGGCGAAAAGGAGCGUGCCACCUACCCCUCCGUGCAGUAUAUACAGCCCCAGCAGCACCUGGCACAUGGCCCGCGCAGUGAUCUUUUCGCCGCGGCUUCGGAGAAGGCCCCGCCGAAAGACGCGGUCAUGAGCCAGCGGUCCGGGUUUGUCGGGUCGCUGUUGAAAAACACACUGCCUCGUCGCCCGCGUGCCUGGUCCGGCGAGCUGAAGAGGUUUCUGCCAGACCUUACUGCCCUAAGGAAACGCCGUUCGCUCUCGUUCCGCGUCCCCAAUGGCCAGAAUAGAAUCCGUAGCCAGACAGUUGCUCCCGCAGCUAAGAAUUCGGGUGUGCCGAAGCGGACUUCGUCGUUAGUGGAUCGGCGGCGCCCGCCCUCAUCCCUUGCACUGGAUAGCUUCAGCAAUGAUGACGACGAGUCCGCGCAGCCGAUCCCGGAACUGCGCGCGCCGGAUGGAACCUCGGCUGCGAAGCAUUCGUUUGCCAGGCGGCCUAGCACGGCGAUGCCGGGCCGACCACCGAGUCUCCGACGAUCCUCGUCGGAUCAGUCAUUGUACCUGCGCGCGUCGUCUACGGCGUCGUCUUUAGAGCAGCGCCCGCUCUAUGAGAAUGUGCAUUCGCAGGUGAAUAGCAGGUUCAAGGCUAUCAAGGAUAGUCUCCAGGAUUCUAGUAGUAGGCUGCUUAGCAUGCCGACUCUGCAUCUGCAGGAUAUGCGGCCAGAUUGGGGCUCUCGCCAGUUUUUGCCGGAUAUUGGAAACGGUUCCAGCACUGGUGACACUACUGGCUCUGACAGAGGUUUACCAUCACAGCGGACUGCAAGCCCGCCGCCUCCCCCUCUGCGAAACAACCCGAAACCUUCCCAUCCUAUUCUGAAUGAAGCAAUGGAUGAACUCACAGGCGAUGUCGUGAUUCUGGGCGGAUACCGAGGGUCCAUUCUGCGGUCUGCCAAACCACCCCAUAGACAGCUUUGGGUGCCGAUGAAAGUCGGCCUGAAUCUCCGCAAAGUGGACUUGGAAGUCGGUCUGGACCCAGAAGACGAGGAACGCAUGGAAGAAACGAUCAUUCCAUCAGGCGUCCUCUCCCAUGUCGGACCAGUCGACGUCUGCCGGCGCUUAAUGAAGCGUCUCCGCAAGAGCGACAACGCCUUGCGCGGCGACUUGCGCGUCCACGACUACGGCUACGACUGGCGACUCAGCCCAGAGCUUCUCUCGCGCCGCCUCAUCACCUUCCUAGAGAGCCUCCCUUGUAACCAGCAAUCAUCCUCCGGCGAGCCUCGCCGCGGCGCAACAGUCAUCGCCCACAGCCUAGGUGGCCUGAUAACCCGGCACGCAGUCAACGAACGCCCAGACCUCUUCGCCGGCGUCGUCUAUGCCGGCGUCCCCCAGCACUGCGUGAACAUCCUCGGGCCGCUCCGUAACGGCGAUGACGUCCUCCUCAGCUCGCGCGUCCUCACAGCACAAGUAAAUUUCACCUUCCGCACCAGCUUCGCCCUCCUCCCUGAGGACGGCCACUGCUUCAUAGACAAGCAAAGCAAGAAAGAAUUCCGCAUCGACUUCUUCGACCCCAAAACCUGGGAAGAGCACCGCCUCUCACCUUGCAUCGGCCCUGCCCUCCCAGUCUCCUCAACAUCAACGGUAACCAACGCCCUUGGCCUAAAAGACCUCCCCAUCAUCGGCAAGCGUUUCUCCAUGCCCCCACCCCAAGACUCCGACGACUCCCCAGACGACGACCAAAACCCCCACCACACACCUAACCCAGCCGCCUACGCCGCCUACGCCGCCGAAAAAGCCCACAGCCCCCACAACCCAGCCGACGGCAUCGUCGGGCCCGUCGCACACCCGCGUGGCAGCGCCGGCACCACAAAAGCAGCCACAACAUCAACUAUCCCGCGCGCCGCGGCAAUGGCCUAUCUAACCCGCACGCUCGCCGAAACCAAGCGCUUCAAGUCCAAUCUCGCUUUCCGGCCCGCCCACCACGCAGAAAACAGAUACCCGCCUGCAGCCGUGCUGUACGGCAAGACCGUGCCGACGGUGUACGGGGCGCGGGUGGCUUCCGCGGAGUGCAUGAAGCAGGUUGAUGCGUAUGACGACUUGGCGUUUGCGGCGGGCGACGGCGUUUGUCUCGCUAGUGCUGCUAUGUUGCCGCCUGGGUAUCGGAUUAUUAAGGGGGGUUUGGUAAAGAGCGAUCGGGGACAUGUUGGGUUGCUUGGGGAUUUGGAGGGGGUUGGGCAGUGUUUGAGGGCUGUUGCUAGGGGACGGAGGGAGGGGGUUGGGCUUGGAGAGAAGGUUUUGUGA